AUGGGUGGCAAGCGAGGCAAGAGGUCUUUGUUUGGACGAUGGCGCUCGAAAGUCAAGGAAGAUGCACCGGCGAAUUCGACAAUCAGGAUAGACACCAUGAUAGGGAACGAGCCAUCUGCAAUUGGAGGACAUCAACCUAAGCCCGGAAUUGUUGAGGAUCUUUGGCAAGCUGCGUAUGAAUCUCUUGCACAAGACGAAAAGUCGCGACUAGACUCUAUUCCUAAGUACUUGCUGGAGGGAAGUCGCAAUAAUCACUGUGCAGGAAAAUCGGCCAUUUCCACGGUUCUUGAGAAUGUCAUAAGCACAGUCAGGAAGGCCGCUAAGGCCAUUCUCGAUACUGCAUAUUCGAUGCAAAGUUUCAUUGGAAGCAUUGUUGCUGCUGAUCCCACGGGACAUGCAGCAAGCGCUUGGGCAGUAGUGUCUCUUGGACUAAAGUUGACCCAUACGGAUUCUGCGCUUCAAGAUGCGCUAUUUGAGACCUCGGAGUUUCUUACUAGGGCGUUAGGUCGCUAUACCCUCGCUCAGGAUAUUCUGCAACGAGCAGAAGAGAAAAACCACUCAAUGAUAAAGAAAUGCCUUCUUGAGCUCUAUGCAAAUAUUUUGCGAUAUGCCUUAGAGAUGGAUCGUAUCCGCAAUCUCAGCGUACGCGAACGAAUCUGGGUCGCUGUUUCUGUCUCUGACAUUACGGGUCAGCCACUUUCGUCGCUACAGCAGAAAAUUAAGGACCAGGAGGAAAACCUCAAGACAGUGGUUGAUUUCGCACAUCAUAUUCAGAGUCAAAAUCAGGGAGAGAGACUGCUCGCGCAGAUCGAACAAAACACAAUCCUCAUUGAAGGAAUUGCCGAAGGCCAACAACUUUCCAACCUUCCUUUUGCUCGUAAGGCAGAUUAUGGCACAAGAGAGGAUCUACAUGAGGAUAUAUGCUUGAAAUAA